AUGGAAGGCAAAGCUUUCCUGUCCCGGGACAGAGCCCUCACUCUAGCCGCCCUUGCAGAACAGGUUCGGCUACACGACACGUCGUCUGCUUUCCACAUUCAGCGCCUUCUGGGCCUCAUGGCAGCUACGACUGCAGUCCUUCGCUUCGCAAGACUGCAAAUGCAUCCACUUCAGCUCUGGUUCCACGAGGUCCACAAAUUCAUACUAACAGCUUAUUGUGUCCUAAUGGAUAAUAAUUCGCGUAGUCCAUAUCUCUAUAUUUUGCUCUUUGUUCAAAUAGACGCUGAAGAUGCAAUAUAUGGGAGGAAUGGUUAUGAUUAUGGCCAGUGUCGUCUACGUGUUGAGUUUCCUAGACCUUCCAGAGGUCGGGGUGGAGGCUUUGGUGGGGGUCCUCGUGGGAGGAAUGGCCCUCCUUUGCGACGUUCUGAAUUCCGAGUCCUUGUUUCAGGGCUUCCUCCAUCAGGCAGCUGGCAGGACCUGAAGGAUCACAUGCGUGAGGCUGGUGAUGUAUGUUAUGCAGAUGUACAGAAAGAUGGAAUGGGGGUGGUUGAGUUUCUUCGCAAGGAAGACAUGGAAUACGCACUGCGUAAACUGGAUGACACCAAAUUCCGGUCUCAUGAGGGUGAAACAUCCUAUAUCAGAGUCUGUCCUGAAAGAAGCAUCAGCUAUGGCUACUCGCGCUCCCGUUCUGGUUCAAGGGGUCGCGAUUCUCCAUACCAAAGCAGGGGAUCACCACGCUACUCCUCUCCCUUCAGGCCAUUCUGAUUCACCCAACAGGGACUUCUAAAAUGUGAACUGAGCUCUUUAUAUCUGCUCAGAGUUUACAUUCCAAAAUGGAUGGAUAUAGUCUUUCGUAGGAAGCCUUUUUUUUCCUUUCUAUUCAACGAUCUUUUUUUAUGACUUACAGUUUUUACUAGGGAAGUGUUGGUAAUGAAAUGCUAUAAACCGUUGCCACUUAAAACUUUUUGUUUGGAAAAUGUAAAUUGUUUUGUUUCUCCUAAGUGAGGAAGAAUGAGCUUGAGACUCAGCUUGUAUUGGUAUGUCCGCAGGAUGGUGCUGUAAAGCAGCAGAGCAACCUGUAUGGCUCAGCCUGUUGUGGUGUUUUGAAAUAUACUUACAUGUUUCUGUAACUCACAA